CAGCCUAUAGUUAAAUGACACUUCAUUUUAUUCAGCUAUUAUUCACUUCCUAAAUACAUGAAAAAGUAAUAAAAAUGGCGUCAUUGUUUGUGAUCGGGAUUAUUGGGCUGUUAAUUGCCAUCGCUGUGACCGUAUUCUUUCUCCUAGUUGCGUCUGGUCUAUUUCAUGAAAUAGAAGUUGGUACCAAGAAAUCUCCGAUAUCUAAACUCCGAAUUGCGUAUAAAUUUGCCCGCGGAAGUUACAGCAAUGCUGGAAGUUUGUUUACUGAAGUGACAAAGCUUUCCCCAGAAGGUCGGUGCCUCGGUGUUUACUACGAUGACCCUAAAAGGGUACCCUCAGGGAGUCUGCGCUAUAUUGUAGGUACCGUCUUGAGUGAAGGAGAUCAGGAACCAGACAAGGAGCUAGAGAAAGGAUUGAUGGAUGAAGGCUUCAGCGUCGCUGAACUACCUGAAGUGUCUCAUAUGGUUUAUACUACAUUCCCUUACAUCACUACGCUUUCUAUCUACAUUGCUGUGUAUCGUGUUUAUUCUGCACUGGAGGACUAUGUGAUGGCUAAUGAUCUUUGUGCCUACCCAUUCAUCGAGCUAUACGACGGAGGAUCCAUCCACUUCAUGGCACCACUGUCCAAACAGAAGGACUUCUACGUACCUGAGACAGGCGGCGUUGAGAUCGGAGAGCUCUCCGCCGGCGAGCUAGACACAGGAGAUGAGACCGAUGAACAACCAAGAAGUAUUAGCCAAGAAGACAACGACGAAAGCCUCCUAAAGACACGACCAUCUGGUGAAGAUAGUACUAAUAGUGAUAGUUCAUUUGAGCAGCUAGAUCCUCCUUCUAACUAAAUCUGAAAUAAAAAGCUGGAUUGACCAAUGGAUUAAUAGGAGACUUUCUUUGACGAUAGGUGGCAGCAGACUU